AUGGAGAGGCCCCGGCCCAGGGGAAAACCUGAGAGACUAGGACCAUCGGCUGCAUGCACAGCACUCCUCUUUGGCGUUUUUUACCUCACGGCCGCUGCGGGAGUUGAGGGAGGGGAGCCUUCCCCGGACUUAGCUGGCCUCUCUUCUUCUUCUGUCCUGCCGGGGGAGGGGGAGAAGAGAAAAUGGCAGCUCCGUGUUUCAAAUGCCGAAGCUUCGCGAGUGCAUAGCGAUGGCUUCGAGGGGUGGCUCGACAGGCUCGAUGAGGCCAGCUCUCUACAAGCGUUGCCUCACGCCACAGUCACCUCUUUCGGGAAUGGCGCAGGGGGAAAAGCCGAGCGUCUCUUCUCAGAAGCCACGGCAAGCAGUGCGCUGCCCGCAGAGCGAGCGCUGACGCAGCGCCCAGGCCUGACAGCCGCGUUCGAGGCGGAGACCGAAGAGCAGAGAGCGGCCGUCGCCGACGGCGCAGACGAAAACCAAUACCGAACGAUAGAGGGCGCGAACUCCCAGCGGCUGGGAAGUGCGAUCGACACCUCCUCCAAGGCGCGGGCGCCCCUCGCUGAAGGCGAACACGCCGAGGCAGGUAGCCACGACACAAGGCAUGAAGAGGAAGGACUGUCUGGCGUGCAACAGGAGCACUCUCCUGAAAGCGAAGAAGACACCGAAGAUGCCCGUCCGGAUGCAGCCGCCACGAGACAGCACUCUGCCCCGCGGCAUGCAGAACUCACAGAGAGCGAUGACGACUUUUCGCCCGAGACACACACCGCGGCUCUACUGCCGCACCGAGCGCCCACGGAGGAUCUAAACCGUGAGGAGAAAACUAAACAGAAGGAGGGGAGCCCCGCUAAAAAAACGAGCGUGGAGCCGCCGAGCGCCCAGCAACAAAACGUUGCAAGCGAUCGAGAAUCUGGCGACCCUGAGGGGGACCGCGUGAUCGAGGAGCGACAGGUGCGCGGUCAUCCUCAUCGCGCAGAGGCGCCUGCGACAGCUUCGCUUCCUCCGCAGCACGGGGAAGCAGAAGGCGGUCUGACGCACGACUCGUCGAACGCCAGCAGAGACGAAACGACUCUUGCUCGUCCUCUCCACGCUGCUGAGAGUCCGGAUCCCGCGAGAGCUGUCCAGGCAACGCCGCCCAGCUCGAGUAUCGCCGCAGGGACGGAGGGAGAGGCACCGGACCCCCUCCGGGGCCGUGGCCAAGAGAGUUCGCCGCCGGGCGGCCCAAUCGCUGGCGAACCGCGCACGCAGAACACGGAGGACCCCGCGGCGUCACGAGAGAAAGAUGAGUACCGUUCAAAAAAAACGCCGCAGAACUUCUCGCCUCUUGAGGCGGACAGUGAACAGAUAAAUGAAGCACAGGACGCCCAGGAGCGGGGAGGAGCGAUAGAGCAGGAAACAUUUGAGAGUUUGCACAUAACGCUGGAAGACGUUGUCGAGGAACUGCCCCGCGAGGCCGCCUCAGCCGAGACGAGAGGCAACACCACAGAGAUUCAUCCUGCGCCCACUGCGGACGUGUCUGGGCCGCCACCGGCCUCCGAGUUUGACUCAGAGGAGUCUAGAGACUCGGUCCGCGCUGCAGAUCUAAGCAGCUCUACGCAGAACAACGGAAGAACUCGCGACCAAGCUGCCCACGAACACACUCAACCUUUAGUACUUCAGCGUGGCCCUGAAGGCACCGCGGCAGCUAGCCACGCAGGCGAGACGGUCGACAGUGAAUCGGUUAACGAAAUCGAGGAGCACGAAGAAGCUCCGAAUUCAGCACCGCAGGUUGCAGGCAGAAUCUAUUCAUCAGAUGAAUUUGGCGGUACGGAAAUGACUGACGCGGAUGGCAACGAGCCACUGUGGAACGGCGAUAGGACGUCGACGAGCGUUUCACAUGAUAUAAAGAAUACAGGUGAAACAAAAGCGGCCGCUCUUGCGGCGACAGAAGUUGCGGUCCUGGAGGCUGAGCGGACCAACGUGCGGAAGGAACGCACGCAGGAUGGAGAGGCCGUGACGGACCGUGGAGGUCACAGUUACGGCGAGCACCGACAAAAAACAGCAGGGAGCGCAGACCGAGAUGAAGAGUAUUCGAGACAAAACGUUCAGAGCCACAACCCCGGCGAACCGCUUGAUCAGGACGUGGAAGAAGCCUGGAGAGACCGAGCUGAGAAAGGCACUCCUAAGAGUGUGGAGGAGGCCGUCGGUCAAUGGAAACCCCCCGCCGGGGACGACGAGAGAAGCGAAGAACGGGCAGACAGCGAAACGCCCAGCAGAGAAGCGGGCGAGGGCGAAGACAAGUCCAGCGCCGAGGAAGAGAAGCAUGCCGCCAUCCUGAACGCAGCCGAGGACCCGUCCGGCCUCAGCGACAGCAAGGCCCGCUGGAGUGCUGUGAGAGCUACUUCCGAAGGCCGCGAACCCGAUUUCGGCUCGCAAGACGGGAGCCACAGUUCCGAAGGGACAGGAGACGACGCCGCAACUAAGGGAGAGAAGCAAAGACGAGACGACGAACGAAACAUUCAGACUGAAGCAACCACAGUGUACCACCAGCUGGAGUCAAUGAUAAACGACGAGCUCGUAACCUACCCCUCCCCCAGUGACACGCCUUCUGCGUCAACGGAAGUCGCUGUCGUUGACGCUUUUGCGUUGGAAAGUGAGAGUCUGUUGGGCGGCGUCGACGCCUCCCAAGCAUCCCUUGCGGUAGAGUUGCCGUCGCUCGAUCCGGAGACGGCAGAAGACGCAGCGGCGACACGCCGCGGAGCGGGAGAGUGCCUUUCACAGGAGAGCGAUCCUGAGGCCUCUGCUGACAGCCAGUUGCCGCCUUCUCCGCCUGCGCUCGAGCCGGACGCUCUGUCGCCUCCAUCUGCUGCAGCUGCAGUGCAAGAGGAGGAGACCGAGGGAGAGUGGCCUGUGGCGGCCGGAGACGCGAGUGAAGACUUUCAGCUCUCUCAAGAAGCCUUUUCCCCGCGUCGCCACCCCGAGGUCGAGCCGCCAGUAGCGCUCCACGACAGGGAAGCGGCAGAUCAAGAAUUCCUGGAGACAGCGGAAGAAAGUGCGGAAGCGGUGAGCGAUCGAACGCUCCAGCGCACCGGCGCACAGGAGGCAAAUAGCGAAUCCCACGCAGACGGGGCGCGGAGACCGGAAGCAGAGGGCACCGCCGCUCAGCACGCUUCGCACAGUCCAGCUGAAGGCACGCUUCAUGAGGCAGAGCUAGACGCGGUCGACGUCGAGGAAGAAGCUCCGGGCCGCGUUGACCAGCUGCAGAAGAGCGACCCGAGAGCGAUAUCGUCAGAAAUAUCAUCGGCUCCGCGGGGAGAUCCAAAAGAGGAUCAGCAGACGCCCGAGGGCGGAGUGGCGAUCUACGAGGGACGGACGCCUGAGACGGGAGAGGACCUUGCACGCCGUGUUGCUGCAGGAGAGAGCGCCAAAGACUCUGAAUCCUUGCAGACCUCAGACCAGACCGAGCCAGCAGCCGUCGCCUCUCAGAAUGCUGCGGAAGCGUCGGCGUCAUCUCUGGCGAGUGUAGGCCCAAACCCGCCCACAUUGGCUGCGGCCGCCGAGCAAGGACCUCGAAAAGCAGGAGAGUAUCUGCCCCAGCGAGAGACGACGGAGCCGUAUGGCUCCAUUUCCGCCGAAGGUGGCGCGCCGCAUCUUGCUUCCUCCGAGCCGCAGGCUCUGCAGACGCCGGCGGCCUCAUCUGCUGAAGUCCCUCUGGAGUCUUCGCCUGAAGGGUCAGCUCCAGCCGCCGCGGAGCUGACGAGCCGGACACCCGCUCCCCCGCCUUUCAAAAGACCCGAAGCCGUGGUCCAUGAGACGAACCAGCCUGGGCACGAACCUUUUGGAGGCCCAGCACAUGCAGUUCUUCUCAGCCAGACUCAUGUCCAUCCAGCGUCUAGCCCCGGCCUUCAACUCGUUCCGGCUCUUCUGCAGGUGUCGCCAGGGGAUCCCCCAUCUGCAGAGGCCUCACUUGCCCUGCCGCCGUCCCGGGCCGUUUCAGGUGCCGCCCCCGUAUCUCUGGAGGCUCUUGCGGAGGCUGCGGAGGGCGACGAAGCCGCAGCGCCGGUGGCGGACGGUGGAGCAGAGCCGCGGGUCCAUGUGCAAGCUCUGCAGAUUGCAGAUACCCCACCCGCUCCUCCUUCCAGGAUGGACGCCGCGUCCCGUACCCUGUUGCCGAGUGAAGCGCCUGCUGCGCAUGCAGAGACGCUUGUCUCGACCAUCGCAGGCAUGGCUGGCCCCAGCGCGGGCGCCUCAGGCUGGAAUCUCCCUCUCGUUGUCGCGAGUGCCGAUGUCACUCACCAGGCUGUAGCGGGGGACCGCGAAAGCAGUGCUGAGACUGCUACCGAGUCAGACUUGCCGCCUCCAGAGGUUGCCGCCCCGCCGCCGGCAUCUGCGGCGUCGGGCCCUCCAGCGGAGACGGGGGCCCGGGAGACGUGGGCGACGCUGGACGCAGCUGUCUCCGGAGUUGACAUCAUCACCAUCCCGGACAACUUCGCGGACCUCAUCCGGAAUCCUGGCGUGCAGCCCCACCGGCCCAUGUCCGUUCCGCAGCCUACGAGCGCGAAAAACUCCAGCACGGACACGACCCCCAAGAAGGCGAAGAGUGCGCCCAAGAAAGUCUUCGACCCUUCGCUCCUUCAGAACCCUACGAUGUUUGACCAGUUCAUGGAGCAAGAGGCUGCGGAAGGCAUCACGCCUGGAGAGGAUCUCACUGCUGCGCCGCUGGCGGCGGUCGACGUCCCAGAGUCCUCGGUUGCAUCUCAGCCACCGAAUCUGCCACCUGAGGGAAUCCCGCCUCAGGAUGACGGCGGGGAGGACGGCGACCCGAACGGCGAUGAAGACGAAGAAGACGACGAAGACGACGAAGAAGAGGAGCCGGAGGAAGAGGAGCCCGAGCCGCGGCGCACGUACCCCGUGGCUCUCCCGCUGCCUAUGCCAAUCAGUUUCCCUUGGAUCGGGAACCUGAUGGGAGGCGGCCUGGGGGCACUCUCUGUCCGCGGGCCUCCAUCCGCGCAGUCCGACGCGUUUGCCGUCCCGCCUGUGGAUCCGGCUGCGCAUUUGGGUGUCGGGAGCGGCGUGCCGCCCAACCUCGCUCCGCCGAUCCCUUUGAAAGUCGAGGAAGGCAUUGUGUCAAGCAUGGCCCCAGCGACCGCCCUGCCUUCUUUGCGCGCUUCGUCCGCGGCAACCGCCCCCGCGUCGCCCCUCAUGGGCAGCCCCUAUCCCCCUAGCCCUCCCGCUGGCGCGUUUCUCGCGCGCCCGACAGGGCCGGCGCCAGUGUCCGCGCCGGGGUACGGACUUCAGCCGCCUGACGCGUUCCUAGCCCAGGCGGGCGCUCACGGCCCUGGCGCAUCCGCUGCCGUUCCCAUUGUUGGAGUGCCUGGAGGAAGCGCCAGUCUCCAGAGCUUCACUCACGCAGGGGUGGCUGGGGCUGCGGCGCCAGGCGCGCAAGCGCAGCCGUCGCACGCUGCGUUUCCUUCUGGCGCGCCGCCGAUGCCGGGCUCGCAUCGGUUGGCGAACCCUGCCCCAGCAGGAGGAAACGGGGCGCCGGCUUCAGGCAUAGGCGUGCGGCCUCUUGUGGCGGGCGGCGAGGGAGGAAGCGGCUCGUUCUCCGGGCUGCCUGCAGUUCGAGACCCCGCUGCAGCAGCGACAGCAACAAGCAUCCGGCUCCCCAAGUUGAACGCCCUACCCUCAGGCAGCCCGCCAUUUGAGGGGUUGCCAGGCAUGCGAAACCCGCCUCCUGGAUGGGACUUGGCCGCACCAGGCCAACAUGCGCUUUCUGAGUCCAGUUCCGCGAUUCCCGCGUACGCGUCUCCGCUGCAUUCCUUGUCUCCCUACCCAGCCGUUCAGCCAAACCCUAGUUCGCCGUUUGCGUCCUCGACUCUGGGUGCGCCCAUUUCUGGCGGGCCUUCUCCCCCCACGCCGGCGAUCCCUACGCCGGCGACCGCCGCAUCGCAGUUCAUGCGCGCGCCUACCAGUUCUUCUGCCUCGACUGUGGCGACUGGUGCCUCCCCCGCUGCGUCAAGGGGGUAUGCGGGUUCGCUCGGGCCCUCCUCCUCCUCCACAGGCCUGACGAGUCUUGUCUAUUCUUCCACGAGUUCCUCUGCCUUUGACGGUUCGUCGGGUACAGACCAAGCGGCCCGCGGGGGAGCUGCCAACAGCGCAGCUGCCUCCGCCGCGCGAGCCGCAUCCCCCGCGCGGGUGGGGCCUUCUUUGCCUUCUUCAGCGAUGACGGCAGGCUCCGGAAUCAAGACUCACGAAAGUGCGGGUUCUGGGGGACUGGCGGCGGCGGGGUCUGCAGCUGCCAGCGUCGCGCGCCAGCUGCCUGGGGCGACGGCCGCCAUGCCCGCAAUCGUUCAGUCCGCCGACCAGUUGUUCACGUCGACGUCUUCGUUUGUCGGGGUGGGGAACACGCUUGUGAAAAGCUUCCCUUUUGAAGAGGCGAUCGAGUGGAGCCAGCAGGUGAACGAUGCUAGGCGACAAAAGAAAGGCCAGCCGCCUGCUCACUUGGGCGAACCGUGGGUUCGGUGCGUGAGCAGCGGGAUGACUUGCUGCGUGCCGCAGAAGGCCGUAGGCGGAGACUGGAAAAAAAGGCCUCCGUACCUGAACGACUCCCCUGCUGACAGCCGAGCUUGCCAGGCGCACUUUGUGCCGAUGCAGAACGCCGUGUGCGCGUCAACAGCUUACGAGGACAACGAGUGCGGCAUUCAACGCAUGGAAACGUCGCAGUUCGUGCUGUUCCGCCAUGUGUUGAAUAUUCGCGGCUCCAAGAGCUUGAAGGCUAUCUGCCAGUGCCGUUGGGAGCUCCGUCCCGAUUCGACCCCCGCGGUGGACGGGAGAACAGCGGUUUUGGCGGGGAUUGACGACCAGAAAAGCCACUCUGAACGCGGCGUAGCCCCAGCCGGCACGCCGAUUGAAGGCUUCGCUUCAUGGCAAUUUUCGAAGAAGGCCAUCGCAGAGAAACAACAGAAGCGCGAGAAAACGAGUAAAAUGGCGCAGGGCGUCGGCGCCGCUCUCAAAGCCACGGCGCUCUUGACACAGCAAGGUUCAGAUGCGAUGCAUUCCAGCCUCGCAGGCAUGGAGCGCGCAGCAGGAGACCCUGUUGCUCAAGUUCAGGAAAUAAGAGGUGGUGUGGAGGCGAUUGCGGACCUGCUCAUGAAGACAGGGGAAACGACUUCCGCAAUGUCAAUGGUUGCGAAGGCGUUGGACGACCUUGCGUACAUUCAGAAGAAGUAG